AUGGCUAAAGGAGAUUUUUGCAACAGUCUGAAAACUGGAAAAACUGCUGAUUUAGUGAAUCAGCCUUGUUGGGCCAAUUUCGCGUGUUGCCUCGAAUAUCAAACUCCUAUUACUCUAAGGCCGUGUUUGGCUUUGGUCCUCUCCCCGAAUUACUUUCCUUUGUCGUCUAUGGAGGUGUCAGACGGCCGCAACAACAGCAUAGAGAUGGACAGCGAGCGGCUACUCGCCGAGGUGGCCAUAUCCGAGGACUCCUCGUCGGGCGUCAUCAAAAUCCGGCGGAGGCUCCCCGAUUUCCUCCAGUCGGUGAAGCUCAAGUACGUGAAGCUCGGGUACGGCUACUCGUGCAACCCGGCCACCGCCCUCAUCCUCCUCGCCGGCCUGCCGCUGUUCGCCGCCACGUGCGUGCAACUCACGCGCCUGGUCCUCCGCCUCGACGUCCCCGCCCUCUUCUCCGACAACUACCUGCGCGUGGCCCAGACGGCUCUCCUCCUGGACACCGCCACCGUCCUUGUCGGCUCCUUCACCCUCAUCUUCCUCCUCGCCAUCUACUGGACCAAGAAGCCCCGCCCCGUCUACUUACUCGACUUCGCCUGCUACAAACCGGAAAACGAGCGGAAGCUCUCGGUCGAGGGGUUCCUCAAGAUGACCGAGCGAACCGGCGGUUUCUCGGAAGAAUCGGUCCGGUUCCAGGAGAAAAUCGCUCGCAGAUCUGGCCUUGGCGACGAGACCUACUUCCCCUGUGGCAUAACCUGCACCCCUCCCGACCUCUCCCUCAAGGCCGCCCGCGCCGAGGCCGAGUCCGUCAUGUUCGGCGCCCUCGACUCCCUUUUCCGGAAAACAGGGGCCCGGCCCGACGAAAUCGGCAUUCUCAUCGUCAACUGCAGCCUCUUCAACCCAACCCCCUCCCUCUCCUCCAUGAUCGUCAACCACUACAAGCUCAGAACAGACAUCAAAAGCUUCAAUCUGGGCGGAAUGGGCUGCAGCGCGGGCCUCAUCUCAAUCGACCUGGCCCGACAGCUCCUCCAGACCACCCCCAACACUCGCGCCCUCGUCCUCAGCACCGAGAACAUCACCCUCAACUGGUACUUCGGCAACGACCGCUCCAUGCUCCUCUGCAACUGCAUCUUCCGAAUGGGCGGGGCCGCCGUUCUCCUCUCGAACCGGGCCCAGGAUCGGGCCCGUGCCAAGUACGGGCUCGUCCACACCGUCCGCACACACCGCGGGUCAGAUCCAGGCAGCUACGGAUGCGUGUACCAGAAAGAGGACGAGAGCGGGCUCGUGGGAGUUAGCCUGGCCCGUGGGCUCAUGGCAGUGGCUGGUGACGCCCUCAAAACCAACAUAACCACCCUAGGCCCGCUCGUCCUCCCGUGGUCCGAGCAGUUGACUUUCUUGUUGACUUUAGUGAGGAGGAAAGUGGUGGGGGCUCGUGUGAGGCCGUAUAUACCGGACUUCAGGCUUGCGUUCGAGCACUUCUGUGUGCACGCUGGUGGACGGGCAGUACUUGAUGCUGUGCAGGAGAAUCUUGGGUUGAGUGAGCGGGACAUGGAGCCGUCGAGGAUGACUCUGCAUAGGUUUGGGAACACGUCGAGUAGCUCGUUGUGGUACGAGCUGGCAUAUGUGGAGGCCAAGGGGCGGGUGGGGAAAGGGGAUAGGGUGUGGCAGAUUGCUUUUGGGUCGGGUUUUAAGUGUAAUAGUGCGGUUUGGAGGGCGUUGAGGAGGAUUCCGGAGAAGGAGUGUGAAGGGAACCCGUGGUUCGACUGCGUGGAUAAGUACCCGGUUGAGGUGCAGCAGGCGGGUUGGACUACUGCUGGACCGGUCUGGAUUGUUGCGGAAUGGGAUAGAUUGCUUCAGGAUACUGGUGACUCGGCCAGGCCGAACUGGACCUGGGCUGGCCUGGUUGACUCGGGUCUUGAGCUGGGGAAUCGUGUACUGCACGCUGGAAGAGACCUAGGUCACUUACGACUCGGAUAUGAGCACUGGGACGCGUACGCUGCACACUGGCUGCACGAGAAUACCGGGAUCUUGGGACGGGUCGCGCUCGAGGGCUUCGUGUCGCGCAAGGAACUCGCAGGUCGCCAGAUGGGAACGCGCGUCGCAUUGAGACGCCGAGAUGGGGCGUGCGAUAUUUUUGGAUGCUGGGAGCAUGUUGUGCGUAUGAAUCACGCGCGACAGAAGCCCUGGACAAUGCCUGUGCGUGGUGCUACACGGUGCCUCGCGGUUGUGCACCUGGUGGCAGACGGAGGAGGCUGGUUGGCUGGCCGGCUAUAG